UAAUAUAUCACGCGAACUCUGGAAGGCGCAUAUCAGGGAGUAAGAGGAGGAAACGACAGGAAAAGUAGUCGAGUAUCACAUUGCGACAUCCUGGCUUCGACGAGUCUCUGUAAAAGUAAGAGCGGAUUGGACCACGCAGCGUUGGCUACAGCUUUCGUUGGAACACAGGAUCGCAGGCACUCUCGUUAACCAUGGAGUUCUCCAUGACUGGAUCGCCGGCAACGACACCGCUGGUAACACCGGGCGGCUCUAAGGCAAGACAGACCGAGCAAAGAUUCCGACCACCCGUCGCACCAAGUCCCUACUCGGAGUAUCAACAAGCCGGCUCAGAAGCGAGUUACUUCCCAGUUCAGCCUCAACAGCAGGCCCCACCACUACAACAGCAGCAGCAACAACAACAACAACCACCACAGAGUAUGGACGGUUUGUCAAAUCAGAUGGGCAGCAUGGGUCUCGGUGGUCAAGCCUUCGCUCCAGCUGCACCAGGCGCGCGGCCGCAUAAAAAGAAGGAUAGACACGCAUACCACCAGCUCGAAACACCAGCUGCUGCCCAGCCUCUGCCAGGCGCCGUACCAGGGACCACGUCGUCUCAGUUCUACAACGCUCAGAAUGCGCCUGUACCUGGAACAGCAGCACCGUACAUGUCUCAGCAAAUCACUCCCGCCAUGUCACAGUUCCCCGCAGCAACCUCUGCCUUCACACCCGCAAAUCCUGCAACCUCGACUGAACACGCUGCUCGUCAAGGAGACCAGUUGUUGUCAGCUCCUGCUUCUUCUCAGUCAGGCAAGGUCGACCCUGACCAGAUCCCCAGUGUGCCAAGGUCACGCGACAUUCCCGCUCGUCACUACCAGGAGCGCAUAUAUCCUACUAUGGAGCAGCAUCUCCCUCCGCCUGCUGUCGUUCCCUUUGUCGCAUUCGAUCAGGGCAACAGUUCUCCGAAGUUCGCACGCCUCACCUUGAACAACAUUCCUACCUCCAAUGACGCUCUCCAAACUACUGGCCUUCCUUUGGGUCUUGUUCUGCAACCAUUAGCACCUCUACAAGAUGGCGAACAACCCGUACCUGUUCUUGACUUUGGCGACGUCGGUCCCCCACGCUGUAGGCGUUGUAGAACUUACAUGAACCCCUUCAUGACCUUCCGUUCUGGCGGGAACAAGUUCAUCUGCAACUUGUGCAACCAUCCCAAUGACGUACCUUCCGAGUACUUUGCUCCUACUGACCCAUCAGGCAUCAGAGUUGAUCGAUCGCAGAGACCUGAGCUGAUGUUGGGCACUGUUGACUUCCUUGUUCCCAAGGAGUAUUGGACAAGAAACCCCGUUCCUCUCCAGUGGCUAUUUGUGAUCGACGUCAGUCUUGAAGCGUCUAGCAGAGGCUUCCUCGGCGCCAUGUGCAGAGGUAUACUACAUGCAAUCUACGCUGAGGAUGGUACGAGCAACCUUCCAACGGGUGUCAAGGUUGGUAUCGUCACAUUCGACCGAGAGGUGCACUUCUACAAUUUGACUCCAGGUCUCGAGCAAGCUCAGAUGAUCGUCAUGCCCGAUAUUGAGGAUCCGUUUGUCCCCUUGAGCCAGGGCUUGUAUGUCGAUCCUCAAGCAUCUAAAGCUGCCAUCACUUCUCUUCUCAAGCGGAUACCAGACAUGUUCUCGUCAGUCAAGAGCCCAGAACCUGCUCUGCUACCUGCUAUCAACGCUGCUCUGGCUUCUCUGACUUCCACUGGAGGCAAGAUUGUGUGCUCCGUAUCAAGCCUUCCCACCUUCGGUCCCGGACGUCUCUUCCCUCGUGACAAGAAUGAAGGUCGCGACACAGACGCAGAGAAGAAGCUUUACACUACCGAGCAUCCUGGUUGGAAAAGUACCGCUGCGAAGAUGGUCGAGGCCGGUGUCGGUAUAGACUUCUUUAUGGCUGCACCUAGCGGCGGUUACCUUGACAUUGCGACCAUCGGACACUGCUGUGCGGUAUCUGGAGGUGAGACUUACUACUACCCUAAUUUCCACAGCCCACGAGACGACUUGCGACUAGCAAAGGAGCUCAAGCACACUGUGACUCGCGAGACUGGUUUCCAGGCCCUCAUGAAGGUCCGCUGCUCUAAUGGUCUUCAACUUUCUGCUUACCAUGGCAAUUUCACUCAGCACACAUUUGGCGCUGAUCUUGAGUUUGGUGCUAUCGAUGCAGACAAGGCGAUUACCGUCAUGUUCAGCUACGAUGGCAAGUUGGAUGCAAAGCUGGACGCCCACUUUCAAAGCGCACUACUCUACACGACAGCGACAGGUGAACGCAGAGUUCGUUGUACGAACACCGUUGCGAGUGUGAGCGAGAAUGCUCUCGAAGCAAUGAAGUUCGUCGAUCAAGAUGCUGUGGUCAGCGUCAUCUCCAAGGAAGCCGCUUCAAGAGUUGCAGAGAAGACUUUGACUGAUAUUCGCAACUCUCUGAGCGAAAAGACGAUUGAUAUCCUGGCUGGCUACCGCAAGAACUUCUCAGGCUCACAUCCUCCUGGUCAGCUGGUAUUGCCAGAGAACCUCAAGGAGCUGAGUAUGUACAUGCUAGGAUUGAUCAAGUCACGAGCUUUCAAGGGUGGUCGCGAGCCUAGCGAUCGCAGAGUUCAUGACAUGCGCUUGAUAAAAUCGAUGGGUCCUAUGGAGUUGUCAUUAUAUCUGUACCCACGCAUCAUCGCUAUCCACAACUUGGAGCCGACAGAUGGUUUCGCAGACGAGAAUGGUCGACUUCUCAUGCCACCUACUAUCAGAGCGUCGUUCGGACAGAUUGAAGAAGGUGGCGCCUACAUUGUCGACAACGGCCAAAUCUGCCUGUUAUGGAUGCACGCUCAAGUAUCGCCCAACCUGCUUGAAGACUUGUUUGGCGAGGGUUACAAUGAGCUCAAACAUCUCGAUCCAUUCAGCUCUAGCUUACCCGUACUCGAGACACAUCUCAGCGCUCAAGUUCGAAACAUCAUGCAGUAUAUGGAGACCACACGAGGCUCAAAAGCCAUGACGAUACAACUGGCAAGGCAAGGAUUGGACGGCGCAGAGUACGAGUUCGCUCGCUUGCUUUACGAAGACCGUAAUGGCGAAGCUCAAAGCUACGUCGACUGGCUGGUGCAUGUGCACAGGCAGAUACAGAUGGAGCUAUCCGGUCAACGCAAGAAGGAUGACGGAGGAACAGACAUCAGCGGCACUGUGGCAUCUACCUUCGCAGGUCUACGUGCGCCGUACUGGGGCUGAGUCUACUAAGAAGUAAAGAUGAUUGUUUGUGAUGUGAUAGCGUUAAAGCGAGGAAUUUGUUCAUGGAUGGGGUGUCUGAGCGAA